AUGUGCAUGGAGGGCACGAACAUCCUGGCGUCGCGCAAGCUGAAGUUAGCCUUAAGUUCGGAGCAAGUCGAUGACCACGAUAUGUGCAAUAACGCCGUGUUCUCUCUUGGUCUCGAGGAAUGCGAGAAACAGGUUGCCGUCGUCUACAACUCGGCGCAGCUGAACGGUCGUUGGCCAAGCGUUCGAGUGCGCACCGAGCAGCUUGUUAGUCUUGGGCUCGGCAAAUGCAAGAAACAGGUUGGCAUCGCCUACAACUCGGCGCAGCUGAAACGGUCGUUUGUCAAGAGACGUUCCGAUCUAUGCGACACGGUUGUAGCCGCGACCGACGAGAAAGAGGAAGAGCGACGCCUGCAACGGUUAGCCGAGCAGGAGCAGGAGCAGGAGCAGGAAGAGGUGGAAGACGAUAUCGGCUGA